GUCAGACCUGACUGUGGUCUGAUACGGAUCGCCGAGCCCCAUCAGGUUUCUCUUUUUCUUUUCUGGUUCUUUUCACUUUUCUGUCCGAGAUUCUGUUUGUUUGUUUGCUUUGUUUGUUUGUUUGUUUGUUUGUUUGUUUGUUCGUUUAUUAGUUAGUUAGUUAGUUAGUUAGUUAGUUAGUUCGUUUGUUGAUGUCACCGUAACGCGGCAGAGGAUUAAGGUCUGAACCCGCGAAUGUUUGACGACUCACGAAUCAGGAUCAGUGCUCCCAGCCCCCCCCCGCCCGCCUAGCCCCGACCAUGAGCAUCCAGCCUCGGAGGAUCCGUCUGAAGCCCUGGCUUCUAGCUCAGGUGAACAGUGGCAGGUAUCCUGGUCUACAGUGGCUCAGUCCCGACCACCGACUCUUCCAGAUCCCCUGGAAACACGCUACACGCCACACACCAACGUCAGAUGAAGAGAACACCAUUUUCAAGGCAUGGGCUCUGGAGACAGGAAAAUACCAGGAAGGUGUGGAUGAACCCGACCCAGCCAAGUGGAAAGCAAACCUUCGAUGUGCUCUGAACAAGAGCAGAGAGUUUCAGCUGAAGUAUGACGGCACUAAAGAGACUCCGGUCCAACCGUACAAGAUCUACGAGGUCUGCGAGCAGCUGGGGAACCCAGACGGUGUCGAUGAGGAGGAGGAGGAGAUGCCGAACCUGAUGGACCUUACCAUCAACCCCAGGAUCAAUGACCCCUCCUCCUUCAGCUCCUUCUCGGCUUGUUCAGAAGUGAAACAGUUCAGUCUAUCUUCCAGUGGGACAUUUCGACCUCCUCAUGUGAUCCCGAUGCCCCUCCUCCCUGACAGAGUCCUCCCCAUGACCUCUGACCUUCAGGCUCAGGGUCAGAUGGUGGAUCAGGGGAGCUUCGUCCAUCCUGCAGGACUCUCUAACGGGCUCCAGGACGUGAACUCUCUACCCCCCUCGGCUUCCUCUGCUGCCCCCGGGCCAGACCUAAUGGAGUCCAGCAGCAUGGGAGGCAUGGAGACCCAGGGGGAUCCUCAGAACCACCAACCCUGCAAGUAUGAUCUGCUGAGCAGCAUCCCAUUAACAGAUCUGGACCUAAAGUUCCAGUACAGGGGCAGGACCAUGGGCUCUCUGACUGUCAGUAACCCUCAGGGCUGCCGGCUGUACUAUGGACACCUGGAACCAACACCGGAGCAGGUGGACUUGUUUGGACCCAUCAACCUGCAGCAGGUCCUGUUCCCAGGUACGUCUGAGAUCCAGAAUCAGAAGCAGCGGUUUUACACCGAGGCCCUGCUGGAUGUGAUGGACAGAGGUCUGAUCCUGGAGAUCUGUGAACAAGACAUCUAUGCUAUCCGCCUCUGUCAAUGUAAGGUGUUCUGGUCUGGACCAGGCAUGCCCGAACAGGGUCCACCAAAUCCCAUGGAGAGGGAAAAGAAGAUCAAAGUGUUCAGCCUCAAUGACUUCCUGCAAGGACUGAUCCUGUUCCAGAAAGGUGAAGCUCCGAAUCCUCCACCCUUUGAGAUCUACUUCUGUUUUGGGGAGGACUGGCCCGACAAGAAACCCAAAGAGAAGAAACUCAUCAUGGUCCAGGUGGUUCCUGUGGUGGCUCGGAUCCUGACUGAGAUGUUCUCUGGAGAACUCAGCUGGUCCACAGACAGCAUCCGACUACAGAUCUCAAACCCUGACGUGAAGGACCAGACAGUGGAGCAGUUUAAAGAGCUGCAGAGGCUCCUGCAGAGCCAACACAUCCAGGGGCCCUGGACCCCCAACGUGUCCUGAUCAAACGCAUCCAGGGGAUGACCAUCAGCCCCAGAACGUGUAGAGGUUCCGGAGGACCUGAGACGAAUAGUUAAUCCACUUCCUCUCCAGAGUCCCUGUACCCUCCAGGUGUUUGUAUUAACCUCUGAACUGGUCCUUUAAUUAACCUUUCACACUGUGAAGUCCUGAUGACUUCAUGUCAAUGCUGCUCUACAGCAUCUGGUAAAGAUUAUUGAUGAUUGAUCAAAACUGAUCAGAACAAAGAUUAUUUCAAAGAUACACUUUUCAUCCGGUUUGUUUAACUGAUCUCGAGUUAAAAAAAAUGUUUCAUCAGUUGAUCUAAGCUCAGUUUUACAGGAAGUGAAACAGAUGUUUCCUCUGUGUGAGCUAACACUGUUGAACUGAGUUAUCCUCUGACAUGUUCAGUGACCACCAUUUUGUUUUACAUUAUGUAACUAAGUUCAGGAUUUCAAUAAACACCGCUGCAGUAUUC